CCGAGAAGAGUUCUGGAUCCUUUAACAAGCAGUCAAAGUCGUCUCUCUAUUGUAAUAGAGUAGAACAAAGAUGAUCUUGAUUACAUCCUACAAGGACUUUCUGUAUGGCGUGGCAGCCACCUUGACGGCUGUGGCUGUCUAUCAGAUUCGAGCCUUUCUCUACGUGGAACCGUGUUCCGAAAUCCAGCGCAAGGCCAAACUUCCCAUUCCUCUAUUACCCAAGGACAGCGACGAAAGUGUCGAUUCCAUUAUUGUCUGGGGAUUCCAAAAACGAGGCGAAUAUCCGGCAUUUGAACGAGGUGUCUGCGAUGGAUCUCCCUACGUUGCGCGUGUCGAAUGCUAUUUGCGACUCUUGGGGAUGCACAACUACACCAAACGAGUCAGUGUCGACUUGUCCGAAAAUCCACGCCAAAAAUUGCCCUUUUGCAAUCUUCAUGGGCGCAUGGUCGAUGACAGUGCCAAAAUUCUAGAGGCCAUUCAGGCACUCUUGAAAAUUGAUGAGGGUCUGACACCCGACCAACUGCGUGACGGGCAUUUUCUACGUCGACUCUUGACGGGGAGCCUUUACUGGGUUCGUUACAGUAUGAAUUUUGGGACCGAGGAGGGUCGACAAGCUGUCGUGGAAGAAAUGAAAAAGGGUCUUCCAGCACCACUGGUGCCGUUUAUCAGUGCCAUGGUCAUCAAAUCCCAACAGGCCAAUUUAUUCGGACAAGGCACGGGCCGAAUGCCGUUUGACGAAAUCAUUGCCAUGGGAGAGGCCGAUUUGAGAGCAAUUCACUCGCUCUUGGGUGACAGGACGUAUAUUUUGGGGACGGACAAGGCCACCGUCUUUGACACGGAUCUAUACGCCUUUAUGGGACACUUGUUCUACGAUACCACCCCGUCGUCCAUGGAAUGGGUACAAGAAAUCAAACGGGAACUGCCCCAACUAGAACAAUACACGGAUCGAAUGCGGUCGCUCCUCUUUCCAGAACUCAAAAGCAAAACCAGUUAGUUUUUAUUUGGUUGGCAAGCAGGGAGGAUUGAAUGACUUUUAUUUUCUGGCUGGCGGUCGACUGAGAGGCUCCAAUGUUGUAACUGUUUGAACUUGCCUCUGGAGGACAUGGGCGCCUAUUGGACCGAACGACCGGACAUCUAAUGGUUGUGGGUCAUUGUGUGGUCAGCCAGAAGUUUGUUGAUUUGUGAACUCAUCAUCCAUCUUGGUAGCUUGCUUGUUGUCUAUUCCACAAUGGUCAACCGGGCCCUACCGGUAAUGCAUGAAGACUUUUUCGUGGGGGUGAACCAUGCGACGACUGUCACUCUCCCAGACGCUUUGUACCAGUACAACGAAUGCACACUGGAUUGUGUUAGGUAAAAAAUUCUUAUAGAUCUUCGUAUGCUUCCAUCCAUGUGAAU